GUUUGCAGGUUAGGAAAAAGCCGAAGAAAAUCAGGCAGGUUUUCGGCGGGUUUUGUUUGUUCGCUGCCACCGAAACGCCACAGCAGCGCUGAGCUGAGCAGAGCCAGCCCUGCGCCCGCCGCCCAGAGCCGCCGCUGUCCAACAUGGCGGCGCCAGGCACCACCUCGGCGCUCGCUUCCCGCGCCGCGCGCCGCAGGGCCCCCGCCCCUUCCCGGGAUCCUCCCCCGCGCCCAGGUGCCGCCCCCGGCGGAGGCGGUGCCACUCUCUCGGCGGUCCGGGACGAGGCGACGGCUCUGGGGGACGAGCGUUAUGGCGGCGGUGGGGGACGCGUUCCAGAGAGCUCGGGGAAGGACGCUGACUGCCUUCCGCCAAGGUGAUGAGUACCAAUGGAAGGGACCUUUCUACUUCAUCCAAGGAGCAGAUCCUCAAUUUGGACUAAUAAAAUCUUGGGCAGUUGGCAAUACAGAAAGUGGAGAUGAUGAAUGGGGAGAAGAAAUCAAAUUAACAGAGCAAGCAGUACAGGCCAUUAACAAACUAAACCCUAAACCCAAGUUCUUUGUGUUGUGUGGAGAUCUUAUCCAUGGAAUGCCAGGAACUCAGUGGAGAAAGGACCAAGAGCAAGAUCUAAAGAACGUUCUGCAGAACACUGACCAGGACAUCCCGUUGGUAUUUGUCAGUGGAAAUCAUGAUAUUGGUAAUACUCCAACAAGAGAAACAAUAGAUAAUUAUUGCAAGAGUUGGGGAGAUGACUACUUCAGCUUUUGGGUAGGAGGUGUUUUCUUUCUUGUGCUGAAUUCUCAGUUGUACUUCGAUUCUUCCAAAUGCCCAGAGUUAAAGCAAGCUCAGGACACAUGGCUUAAUGGGCAGCUGGCUGCUGCCAAAAAACAUAAAUGCAAGCAUGUAAUAGUGUUUCAGCACAUCCCUCUGUUUCUGAGAGAGCCUGAUGAAGACCAUGAUUAUUUCAACUUGGAAAAAUCAGUUCGACAAGAGAUAAUGGAGAAAUUCCAUAAAGCAGGCGUUAAAGCUGUGUUUUCAGGACAUUACCAUAGGAAUGCUGGAGGGUGCUACAGAGGACUGGAAAUGGUGGUUUCAUCAGCAAUAGGAUGUCAACUGGGAGAAGAUAAACACGGACUUCGAGUGGUCCUUGUCACAGAUGAAAAGAUUGUUCAUAGAUACUACAGUUUGGAUGAGUUGAGCAGCCAAGGCUUGGAGAAAGAUAUGAUGGAUAUGCUUGCUAAGCAAAAUUAGGCUACGUCAAAUCCCUUUUAACUCAAGUAGUUUAUGUGAUUUUUUUGCCAUAUUUGUUAGACAAACAGGAAGAGUUUCAAAAAGUUUCCACAACUUGAAAUCAAAUCUUUGCUUGUGCACCAUGGCCACAAACAGCUCUCCAUUUGUUAUCAUCCUAAAUAACAAAACAAAAAAAAGUGUUCUUGACGGAUAUUUUUGUAAAAUGAGGCCCACAAGGAAUAUGGAAAAAUAACAUAUCACUGAAAACAUUUCUCUGUUCUGAGAUGUUAUACUUUCCUCACAGAUAAGAUAUUCUAAAUAGAUAGGAAGUGAGAGUAGAUAGCAAGAGUGUAAGUAGUAAUUCUAGGUAAUGCUUCAACUGAAGACUAUUUUCAUUUGAUAUGUAAGACGACAUUAGGGGGAAAAAAAAAAAAUCAAUUUAGUCACUUCAGUUACACUCUAGACAAUAGAAAGUGUUUUUUUGUUUUUUGUUUUUUUUUACUUUAGAGAAACAAAUCUCAAAGAGUCAAUGAAAAUAAUAGACUCCAUUUAAAUACAGCACAGGAGGUGAAAUACUGUGUUGAAGACUCAAUUUCAUUAAGUUUAGUUACAACAUUUUGUUUGAGAGGGGGCUCAUGAGAUUUUAAAAAUAUCUGCAGUAUUUUGAACUGUUUUCUUUUACCAGUGUAACAGCUGUAGCUGCAAGUGGACAGUACCAAACAUGAGCUACCAUCUCAUGAUAACAACCUAAGCAUAGGUAAUGUCUGAAUCAAAAAGAAAGAAAAUGAUUUUGCUUUUAAUCUCCAGCUGCUUUUGAUUAGUUUAAUGUUUUCACAGGUUCAUUUUCAAGGGAACAUGUGGGAAAUGGAAGUGAAAAAUCUAAAGCUAGCUAAGCACCCAGAAAGAAGUUUCACUGGAAGUUAAGCAGUUAGCUUUUUAAUAGUUAAAAAUUAUUUUACAAAAAGUUUGUGUACUUUUAUAUCUUUGAAACCACUGACUUAAAUUAACAUUUAGUCUUAGAUUAUAUUUAGUAAUCACAGGUUAUUAAGGUUUCAAGAACAAGAUAAUGCUAUAUUAUGUUUUGCAGAGGGAAGAACAGACUUGCUAUUCAGCAUGACAGUUUACAUUUUAAGGCUGAAGAAGUUCAGCAGAGGGACCUGAGACAGUCCAAGCAAGGACACGCUCCCUGCUUUGGCACAGUACUGUAAAGCUGAAUGGAGGAAGUGCUUUUUUCAUAUGCCUGUUUAUUAAACGUAAUUUUAACUGAAUAUCUGAAGCUUGGGAGAUAGGUCCUAGAAACAUAACUUCAGGAGGAAGUCUUUCCACAACUAUGAAGACAUUAACAGUAGUGGUAUUAUAGAACUCUGUAAUUUUAUUUUCAUGGUUACAGUGUACUAAUAUACAGUGGAAAUGUUUGCAUAAGCAUCAUUUUAAUUCAUAUUUGUAAAUUAUUUUUUCCACUUCUUAAGUGUCAUUAUGUUGCAAGAAAUUCCAUAGCAUUCUGUCAUAAAAAUAUUGCUCAAGUACAAAUAUGAAGUUCAAUUAAAAAAUAUUUUAUACCCCAAGUACUUCUUUAUUUAGAAUGUGCAUUUUUACCUGCAUAAAUGAAAAGUGUUUUUAGAUUAAUUUUCUUAGUAUGACUUAAUAUGGAUGCCUUAACUAAUUACAAAUGGCAGAGGUCUUCAUGGUCAGAAUGCAUCAUAUUUAUGUAGAGAAAUAUAACUCAUAUUGUGUUAAAUUAUGAAACAAUCCACCCAUGGAGACACUAAUUAUCAUUUAAGAAGACAUCUUUUGAUGUUAGUGACACUAUCAGCUUUACUGCAGAUCCAAAAAUAAUGGUAACUCUCAGUCAGCAAAUGACUGGCUUUAAAGCAAGGUGAUACUGAAGUUCAAACUGCUUAUGAAAAAAAGAGCAAGUUCUCAUUCAUUUCUGUUGGCAAAGGAAAAAAAAAUACAUCAGGUGACCACAAUUCAUCCCAGUUUCUUGAAGGCAGCUAACAGGCUGAGAUGACCUCUGACCUCUUGGUUUGCCAGUUUAAGUGUACACAACAAACUGAAGAAAAUGCUUCUUCUGCAUCUUUCUUGAAAGAAAAGGCCUGAUGUCUCAUAAAAAGAAAAAUGACAUUUUAUGAUGGGAAUGGGGAGUGAUAGAAGCGAAGCCUCUUCUACCAUCUCAAUUUGCAGACUGAAUCUUCCAUGCUCACACUGUUCUUUGCUUCAGUGAAUGCUCUCUUACCUCUGCACUGCAACUUGUUUUCUAGUGUUUUCAGUAGCAAUUUUAAUUCUGCUGUGAGCAUAUAAUUAGAGAUGUAUCUAUCAUAAGCAAAUGCACAGAACAUCGAAAACCAAGCAUUUCACCAUUUAAGAAUGCACAGUUCUUCUGUCUACGUAUGUCACUGCACAAAACUUUGAAGGCUAACAUGUCAUUGUUUCAGUUAAUGCUAAUGCUGUGAAUAAGCUGCUUUCUGUAACACCCUCAUUAAUCCUGCUUUGCAACUGCCAUUUGAACACAGUGAUAUCAUUGAAAGCAAUAGGAGAUACUUACAUAUACUUUACUUAUCAGAAAGCUUGCCUGCCAAACAAACGCUAGCAUCAUCUAUUUCUGAUACACAUUCUUGACCUGUAGAAAUACCAGUUUGCACCAGAAAACUGUGAAAAGGGAAUUUCCCAUUCAAUAAUAUUUUACAGUUUGUAAGAACUUCCUUCUCUUCCAGUUCUAACCUGAUAUAUGAUGUCCGCCAUCAUCGAUAGAUUGCAGAAUGCACAGCUAGGAAUCAAGGAGGUGAGUGGUUUAGGCUGCCAGUGGUUUGAUUGCCAUGAACCACUGCAGAAUUAACACCCUGCAGAAGAUCAAAUUCUUUAGCAAAAGAUGAGCCAUCUAUUAAAAAGUAAGAAAACAAACAGCAAGAGAAAAAUGUCAAUCUGUUACUGCAACUCUCUUCACCCAGAGGCAAGCAAAGACAUAGCAGCUUCCGCAUCCACUAUGCUUAAGUUUGUUCCAAUGGUAUCCUGAAAGGACAGUCGGCAGAGUUAUAACAAGCACAUCUUGAACAAGGAAAGACCUGCAGAUUAGUUUUGGAAAAGCUUUUUAGAUUAUGUUUCAGCAAUAAAGAUGAUUUCCCCUUA